UCAAUCCAUGAGGUGACAUCCUGUGAGAUCCUGUGGCCGCCCGGUCUUUACGGCAUUGAAUCCCCUCCCUCUCCUCCGUCCCCCUCCCAGCAGUUUCCUGGCUGAAAAGCGCAGGCUCCCUGCUCCCCCAGCAGAAUGACUGUAGCCACUGGCGACCCCUCUGACGAGGCGGCAGCGCACCCGGGGAACCCGGCUGAGUACGACCCUGACGCUGACCACGAGUGCUGCGAGAGAGUGGUCAUCAACAUCUCUGGGCUGCGUUUUGAGACACAGCUUAAAACCCUCUCCCAGUUCCCCGACACUCUGCUGGGGGACCCCAAAAAGAGGAUGCGCUACUUCGACCCACUGCGGAACGAGUAUUUCUUCGACCGGAGCCGCACCAGCUUUGAUGCCAUUCUCUAUUUUUACCAGUCAGGAGGGAGGCUACGGCGGCCGGCCAAUGUGACCCUCGAUAUUUUCUCAGAGGAGAUCCGUUUCUAUGAGCUGGGGGAUGAGGCCAUUGAGCUCUUCAGAGAGGAUGAGGGUUUCGUCAAGGAGGAAGAGAGGCCACUUCCUGACAAUGAGUUUCAGAGGCAAGUGUGGCUGCUCUUUGAGUACCCAGAGAGCUCGGGUCCCGCUAGGAUUAUCGCUAUCAUCUCCGUCAUGGUCAUCCUCAUCUCUAUCGUAAGCUUCUGCCUGGAAACCCUGCCCAUCUUCCGCAACGACGACGACGAACCGCACAGUGUCUUUGACACCAAUACCAACACCACAAUCUACUUCACGUCCACCUACUUUACCGACCCAUUCUUCAUCCUGGAGACGCUCUGCAUCAUCUGGUUCUCCUUUGAGUUCCUGGUGCGCUUGUUCGCCUGCCCCAGCAAAUCGGGCUUUUUUGGUAACGUCAUGAACAUCAUUGAUGUUGUUGCCAUCAUCCCUUACUUCAUCACCCUGGCCACAGAGCUGGCUGAGAAACCAGAGGAUGGCCAGGCGGGUCAGCAAGCCAUGUCCCUGGCGAUUCUCAGGGUCAUCCGUCUAGUGCGAGUCUUCCGAAUUUUCAAGCUCUCGCGACACUCCAAGGGGCUUCAGAUCCUGGGCCAAACCCUGAAAGCUAGUAUGAGGGAGCUGGGCCUGUUGAUCUUCUUCCUCUUUAUUGGAGUCAUACUUUUCUCCAGUGCUGUCUACUUUGCGGAAGCUGAUGAGCCCGAAUCGCAAUUUGAAAGCAUCCCAGACGCCUUCUGGUGGGCUGUUGUCUCCAUGACGACAGUAGGGUAUGGUGACAUGGUCCCGACCACCAUUGGUGGCAAGAUUGUGGGCUCCCUCUGUGCCAUUGCAGGUGUGCUGACAAUUGCCUUGCCCGUGCCUGUCAUUGUUUCCAACUUCAACUACUUCUACCACCGUGAGACAGAGGGCGAGGAGCAGGCCCAGUGCCUAGGCCCAGUCACCAAAGAGGACUCGAAUGAAGAGCUGAAAAAGAGCCGGAGCGGCUCAACCAUCAGUAAAUCAGACUACAUGGAGAUCCAGGAAGGGGUGAACAACAGUAUUGAGGACAUCCCUGAAGAGAACCUCAAGACUCAGGCCAACUGCACGACGUUGGCCAACACAAACUAUGUCAACAUCACCAAAAUGCUCACAGACGUGUAGCCAGCCGGCAGGCAUUGUCCUCUCGGUGAGGUUGAGGGGUCAAAGGAUAGGACAGGUGUGUAGCUUCCUUUUUCACAUGUGCUGCUGGAAUAUCAAGGCAAUAGAUUCAGGACGUAUACCUGUACUCGUCUUUUGUGAGUGGUGAGAAACACCAGAGACCAUGUGCUCACUCCUCCCCUAACUCCCCCUGUUAGCUCGUCACACCUUGCCCUCAAACUGACCUUCUGUCAGAUUUAAAAUCUUAUAAUCCACAUUUUGCUUGUUGAUGUCUGCAUGGAGUUGGCUUUGUCAGUGUGACUUUUUCAAAUAACCUGUUCACAACAGUAGUACAAAAAGAGGAGAAAUGUAGUUAAAAAAGGGGAAUUUAUAGUUUUCAGAAUAACCACACCACCAACACUGCUUCAGCCCCCCUGUGCCGGCCCCUACCCUGGUCUCCCUUCAUUGCUAAAGGCACACUGCGCUUCUGAAGAGUCUUGUUUGCGUGUUACAAUAUGCUGCUUCCUGGAGCAAGCGAAACAAACCCGUUCUGUGGUGAACUACUUGGAGAUUACAGAACGUGUGAGCAUUAAGCAGGCGUGCUGCGCUGCUGAGGCCUGUCAUGACCUGAGUCUGAGGAGUGUGAUACUGUAGUAGCAAUCCACACGAUUUACGGGAUAUCAGCUCCAUAAGCUUAUGAUGGUUUGACUUAUUUUCUUCCGUAGACAUCAGUAUCUGAUGAAUGACUGAGAAUGUCCUUGACUUUUCACUGCUUUAGUCUUACAUGAUGUAUGUGUUUACUGUACAUUGCAAGCAUCCCUCCUCCACUCACCUGCAUCAGUCUGAACCAGUCUUACUGCAGCUUUGAGGACAAAGUGAAUGUCUCUUCCUCUUUCAUAAAAAAAAAGAAGUGUACUCAUUUACAUACAGAUAGGUAAGUAGUUGUGACUGUAACCGAUACAGUAGCUAGAUACGGUAGGUAAUGUAGGUAGUAACUGUAGCCAGUUGAUUGUUGCAUGGAGUUCUUAACUGAAUGAGUGUUCUCACUCACACAACUAUCAUUGCUCCAAAGACACAGUUUAUUGUCUUGCUCUCUAUAACCUUCUAUCAUACAUGUGAAGGGGUGACUAUAAAGUGGGUAUCACACAUGUAAGUAUUCACCCCCCAUGGAUUUUCUCACGGUUUGUUGCCUUAUAAAGUGGGAUUGAAAUAGAAUUCAUUGUGAUUUUUUAGCCAAUGAUCUACAUAAAAUACUCCAGAAUGAGUAAAAAAACAAACAUUUAAACACAAUUUGACAAAGUAUUCACUCCUUUUGUUUACUCAAGCCUAAAUGAGUUCAGGAGUAACAUUUGUCUUAACAAAUCACAUAAUAAUUUACACGGACUCACUCUGUGUGAAAUUAUAGGGGUUGACAUGACAUUUGAAUAACUACCCCUUCCUCUGUCCCCCAUAUAUACAACAUCUGUAACUUCCCUCAGUCAAGUAUUGAACCUCGAGCACAGAUUCAACCACAAAGACCAGGGAGAUUUUCAGAAACCUCAUAAAGAAGGACAGGGAUUGGUAGAUGGGUAACAAUAACAAAGUAGACAUUGAAUAUCUCUGUAAGCAUGGUCAAGUGAAUAAUUAUGCUGUUAGAUUAGGUAUUCAAUCCCCUAGACACGUCAAACAUACAGUCGUUCUUCUAGACUGAGCCGCAGGGCAGGAAGGAAACUGCUCAGGGAUGUCACCCUGAGGCCAUUGGUGAUUUUUUUAAACGGCUACGGAGUUCAAUGGCUGUGAUGGGAGAGAACUGAUCAACAACAUUGUAGUGACUGCACAAAAAUGACUUAAAAAGAAGAAUCCACAUGUUCAGAAUAUAAAUAUUCCAAAACAUGCAUCAUGUAUGCAACAAGGCACUACAUUAAUACAGAAAGAAAACAUGUUUGGGGAAAAUCCAACAGAACACAUCACUGGCUGCAUCAUGGUAUGGGUAUGCUUGAAAUAGGC